AUGCCACAAGACAAUGAAACUAUAUAUGUUGACGAGAUACAUGGCUCUGAUGAAACCGGAACAGGAACUCGGGAUGCUCCCUAUAAAACAGCAGUUCUCUCUCUUCAAGCGAAAGGUGACAAUAUAAAAAUUCUAGUUCAGAAAACUUCUGAAGAAGGUUACAAAGAUAUAUCAGUUUCUAAUCGUGGAAAGCGCGUUAAAGUUUCUGGAUGGGUUCAUCGCCUUCGCACACAAGGAAAAGAUAUGAAGUUUAUAGUUUUGAGAGAUGGUUCUGGAUAUCUUCAAUGCAUUCUCACCGGCAAAUUGUGUCAUACAUAUGAUGCAUUGACUUUAUCCCUCGAAUCGACAGUUACGAUUUAUGGCGUGAUAUCCGAAUUACCUGCUGGAAAAACGGCUCCUGAUAAUCACGAGCUUCUUGCCGAUUAUUGGGAAGUCAUUCAUAAUGCACCGGGUGGCGAUGAUGCAUUUACCAACAAACUUAAUGCUGAAGCCGAUCCAUCCGUAUUAUAUGAACAACGUCAUUUAGUAAUUCGAGGAGAAACUGCAUCUACAGUGUUAAAAGUUCGAUCUGCAGUUAUGAAGGCGUUUCGCGAUCAUUUCGACUCUAAAGGAUUUACAGAGAUUAACGCUCCUUGCAUGGUUCAGACUCAGGUCGAGGGUGGAAGUACUUUGUUCGAAAUGAAUUAUUACGGAGAAAAAGCGUAUCUUACACAAACCUCUCAAUUAUACCUCGAGACAUGUCUCCCAUCACUUGGAGACGUAUAUUGUAUUUCAGAAUCUUAUCGUGCCGAGAAAUCACAUACCCGUCGUCAUUUAUCCGAGUAUACCCAUUUAGAAGCCGAAAUGGUUUUUAUUACAUUUGAUGAUCUAUUAAAUGCUUUGGAAGAUUUGAUUUGCGAUACAAUUUCUCGUGUCCUCGCACAUGAACCAACUCGCAAAUUAGUUUACCAACUUCAUCCAGAUUUCGUACCUCCUAAACGUCCUUUCUUACGUAUGGACUAUAAAGAUGCGGUUCAGUAUCUCAAAGACCACGAUAUUAAAAAAGAAGAUGGAAGUUUUUAUGAAUUUGGUGAAGAUAUUCCAGAAGCUCCUGAACGUGUUAUGACAGAUCGAAUUAAUCAACCGAUUUUCCUAUGUAGAUUUCCCGCUGAAAUCAAAGCAUUUUAUAUGAAACGAUGUGCUAAUGAUAAGCGGGUUACAGAAAGUGUGGACGUUUUGAUGCCCGGCGUAGGAGAAAUUGUGGGUGGAAGUAUGAGAAUUUCAGAUAUAUCUGAAUUAUUAGAAGGAUAUAAAAGAGAAGGAAUUGAUCCAACACCAUAUUAUUGGUAUACAGAUCAACGAAAAUAUGGAACGACUGAGCACGGUGGAUUUGGAUUAGGUGUUGAAAGGUUUUUAGCUUGGUUAUUACAUCGUGAUACAGGGUUACCCAUUUUAUUAGAGUUCGAAGAUACGAGCUCAAUUUUAUUGACGCAAUUACUUGUGUUUAUGUUGUUCUCCCAUUCAGAAGAAUUUGGGACUGAAAGUUAUACUGAUAAAUCAAACAUGAAACGCCCUAACGAUUACGGAAAUCAAAGUCACGAUAAUAACCAGAAAAAACCACGUUUUGGACAAAGCGCUUAUAGCGGUAAUAAUUAUUCUAUGGGUGGAGGUAUGAGAAGCGACCUUGCACAAGGUUCCUCAAAUAGUGAUUUAUAUAGUCAUUUUCCUCCUGUUGGUCCAUCAGCAAUGAUGAUGGGUAACCCUACAUACUCUCAAGGUGCGGCUGGUUUUCACCAUCAUCCAGGUCAUACUGCCGGCCACUUUGGCAUGAGCGGGUACCACCAGGCCUCACAAUACGCUACCUCUAUGAAUCAAUAUACUCCUAGUGUCAGCAGCAUGGUUCCUCAAUUCUCUGGGGCUUUUUCUGCCGCACAGUUUCCAACUUCUUACCAACAGACCGCCGUCGCUUCUCCCUCUACAAACGCAACUGGUCGAACCGUUUAUCUCGGAAAUCUUCCUCCAGACGUACCAGUUGAUGAAAUCCUCAAUCAAGUUAGAGUCGGUCCAAUAGAAUCGGUCCGUGUACUUGCUGAUAAAAGUUGUGCUUUUAUUUCGUUUAUGGAUGGCUCUGCGGCUAUGGCAUUUUAUCAAGAUGCUUCAACUCGUAAAAUCCUUAUCCAAGGACAAGAAUUGAAGGUCGGAUGGGGUAAAGCUUCUCCGGUACCCGUUAAUGUUCAAGUUGCAGUUUCUACUCAAAAUGCUACACGUAAUGUUUAUUUGGGUAAUUUAGAUGAAACUAUAACAGAAAGUACUUUACGUGAAGAUUUGUCAAAAUAUGGCAAUAUUGAUACUGUUAAGAUUGUUAGAGAAAAGAACAUUGGUUUUGUUCACUUUUUUACUAUUUCUAGUGCCAUGAAGGCUGUACAAAGCCUACCAACCGAACCCAAAUAUACAAAUAAAAAAGUAAACUAUGGAAAGGAUCGAUGUUCCCAGAGACCCAAUUUAGGAAAUGGCACGACCGCUCAAUAUGCUGGAUUCCCAACCGGAGCUCUUAAUUUUCAAAGUUUCGGUAAUGCCGCUAUGGGAUUCGGUUUUGAUCCAUAUCAAAAUGCGGUCGUCGCCGCCACUAGUCAUCUUGAUAAUGGUACUGAACUAAGAAGUCCAACUAGUCCAUUAUUCUCUUCCGCUUCAUCUGCUGCUGGUAGUGCAACUUCUGGUUCAACCAUUGGCAAUCGAACGAUUUACCUUGGUAAUAUUCAUCCGGAUACGUCAUGUGAAGAAAUUUGUAAUGUUAUCCGAGGUGGAAUUCUCCAACAAAUUCGCUAUAUACCGGAAAAGCACAUAGCUUUUAUCACUUUUAUUGAUCCUAGUGCUGCAAAUAGCUUUAUGUAUCUGGCUCAACAAACAGGCGUUAUGGUAAAAAAUCGUCGCCUUAAGAUUGGUUGGGGAAAAAAUCCAGGACCUUUACCAGGAUAUAUCCAGUUGGCCGUUAAUACUCAAAGCGCCUCUCGUAAUGUUUAUGUGGGACAAAUAGAUGAUAAUAUUAGUGAAGAGAAACUUAAGAGAGACUUUUCCGAAUAUGGUGAUAUUGAACUUGUCAAUAUCCUUAAGGAGAAGAAUUGUGGAUUUGUCAACUUUACUUCGAUCACAUCUGCUAUGAAGGCCAUCGAAAAUAUCAAGAUGAAAGAAGAAUAUAAAAAAUUCCGUAUCAAUUAUGGAAAAGAUCGUUGUGGUAAUCCUCCGCGAGGUUCUUCUGCUAGCUCAAGUAAUGGUACAGGUGGAAAGACCAAAGGUCGUAAUAAUGGCGAGUCCGAUGCAAGAGUACUUCAUGCUGGUGAUUCAGAAACUGGAAAUAUCGAUAUUGUUGAUGAUGAAGUUGGGGAUGAAGUUGAUGAAUAA